GACAUUGAGCAAAUGGAGAGGAGACACUCUUUGUUUGUUACAAAACUCAAACUUCUUUUACUCCUUAUUGUAUCAAUGACAUUGUGCAAAUGUGAAGCUCAUGGUUCACGGAUCAACCAAGCUGAAACCUUGAUGUCCUUCCGGCGUUCAAAACACCGUGCUCAAGUCAACAACUUCGUCGAAAACUGGGUCAAUGAUCUGGGCUUCAAUGACAUGAAAACCAACAACAAUGAGAAGAAAAUGGAAGAUGAUUACAUACAAGGAGGGCUUCCUGGUCAGCCAUCAUCAAAAGAGAUGAUGAUGUUUAAGCAAUAUUCUGGAUAUAUUAAUGUUGAUAGAAUUAAUGGUAGAAACCUUUUCUACUACUUUGUUGAAGCUCUUAAUGAACCAUCUUCUAAACCACUUGUUCUUUGGCUUAAUGGAGGGCCAGGAUGUUCGUCACUCGGGGUUGGUGCCAUGCUCGAGAUUGGACCAUUUGGUGUUAACCCUGAUGGCAAAACACUCUACUCGCGAAGAUUUUCAUGGAACAAAGUUGCAAAUAUAUUGUUUUUGGAGUCACCAGCAGGGGUUGGAUUUUCUUACUCCAACACAACAAGUGAUUAUGACUUAUCUGGAGAUAAAAGGACUGCUGAAGACUCGUAUGUUUUCUUGAUAAAUUGGUUCAGAAGAUUCCCACAUUUCAAGAACAAUGACUUUUACAUAAUCGGAGAAAGUUAUGCAGGGUUUUAUAUCCCGGAACUAGCUGAUGUAAUCACAAAGAAAAAUGUGGAGGGCCACUCUUCUUCAAUCAACUUCAAGGGUAUUAUGAUUGGCAAUGGAAUAAUGAAUACUGAUACAGAUGAUAAAGGAUUUAACGAUUAUCUAUGGAGUCAUGCCUUGAUUUCGGAUGAAACAUAUAGGAAAUUGACACAAAAUUGUAGUAAUGCGAAUACUAGUGACUAUUGUACAAGCUUAGAGGAAGAGUUAGGAGAGGAAAUUGGGAAUAUAGAUUUUUACAACAUAUAUGGCCCGACUUGUAUGUCAUUGCCUGAUGGAGUAAUGGUAAGGAACAAGGGUCGUCAUAGAAGAUCCAGUGGGCUGGAUCCAUGUGAAGGAGAGUAUGUUGAAAACUAUCUCAAUCUUCCACAUGUUCAGAAAGCUUUUCAUGCUAAUGUCACCAAAUUAUCUUAUCCGUGGGAGACUUGCAGCAAACUAAUUGUCAAGUGGAAGGAUAGCCCCUCAACUAUGUUUCCCAUAUACAAAAGGCUAAUUUCCUCAGGUCUUCAAAUACUCCUUUACAGUGGCGAUGUUGAUGCUGUUGUUCCAGUCUCGGGCACACGCUAUUCUAUUGAUGCCAUGAAUCUUAAAGUGAUCAAACCAUGGCGAUUAUGGACCGACGCUACCAAACAAGUGGCUGGGUACAAAGUUGUAUACGAUGGAUUAACGUUUGCAACAGUUCGCGGUGCUGGUCAUGAAGUACCUCGUUUUCAACCACGCCAAGCCUUUGCUUUACUGAAGAUGUUCUUGGCAAAUCGCCAUUAUUCUCAAUAUGAUCCUCUUUCAAAAUUCCUAGAGGUUCAAAGUUAUAAGAUGAUGAGUGCCAAUCAAGAUUUGAUUGUCGAUGAUUUUCCUGUUCUUAUAGGCUCUCAACCUGGGUUGAAGAAGGCUGACAAGAUAUCAAGCUUACCAGGACAACCAAAAACCUCAAAAUUUAAUCACUAUUCAGGUUAUGUGACAGUUGACCCAUAUCAUGGCAGAGCUCUAUUUUAUUAUUUGGCAGAGUCUAUACAUACGCCGUCUAAAAAACCUCUUGUAUUGUGGCUUAAUGGAGGACCUGGAUGUUCUUCGAUUGGAGGUGGAAUGAUGAUGGAACAUGGUCCAUUUCGAGUCAAUAAAGAUGGCAAAACGUUAACCGAAAACAAAUAUUCUUGGAAUGGAGUUGCUAAUAUGCUCUUCUUGGAAUCGCCUGCCGGAGUUGGAUUUUCAUACUCCAACACAUCCUCCGACUUGAAGACUACCGGAGAUACAAAAACCGCAAAAGAUUCAUAUACAUUUCUAGUCAAUUGGCUAGAAAGGUUCCCGGAAUACAAGACUAGAGAUUUCUACAUCACGGGAGAGAGUUACGCCGGCCAUUACAUACCUCAACUAGCCGAAUUGAUCCUUAGAAGUAACAAGAAUGGUAAUCAAACCGUUAUAAACCUCAAAGGGGUCGCGAUAGGAAAUGCAUAUAUCGAUAUUGAAACCCAAAGAAAGGGAAGACAUGACUUUUUAUGGUCACAUUCGAUGGUUUCUGACGAAAUCCAUGAUGGAAUAGUCACAAAUUGUGAUUUUUCAUCAAGAUCGGGUUUAUCUGAUAUUUGUAAAGGUUAUAUUGAUCAAGAGAAGAGUUUUGUCAAGAGCAUAUAUCCUUACGAUAUCUAUGCUCCUUUAUGUUUGAAUGGAACAUCUAGCGAGUCAUUCGGUUUUGAUCCGUGCUCGUUAGACCAUAUUGAAAGUUACUUGAACAUCCCUCAAGUCCAAAGGGCGCUUCAUGCUAAUCUCACCGGUCUUCCUGGAUACUGGCAAGAUUGCAAUGACAAUUUGUUUGAACAUUGGCACGAUCAACCGUUUAGUAUGUUACCAUCCAUCCAGCGGCUCAUGGGUAGCGGCAUUCGUUUUUGGUUGUACAGUGGAGAUACCGAUAGCUCGGUACCAAUUACAACAACCGAAUACGCGAUUAAGAAACUUAAUACAACGAUAAAGACACCAUGGUACCCGUGGUACUUAAAAGGAGAGGUUGGUGGGUACGUGGUUGGAUAUGAAAACUUGACGUUUGUGACGAUUAGAGGGGCUGGGCACUUCGUACCAAGCUAUCAACCAGCUCGUGCACUUGCACUUUUCUCGUCUUUUUUGCUUGGAAAGCCUUUACCUUCUAUGUAGUUCUGUUUUGACUUU